UCGAACAGCGCCAGUUACCCACACGGCAGACAGCCAAAGGUUACACACGCAACGCUUUCAGGAGAUAACCCGCGCCUGGCUCUCCAUAAACCGGUUCUUGUUGACAUCCACCUCAUUUACGUGAGAUUGCGAAAACGACAAACAGGGGGAACGGUAAAGUUGCUUAAGGGUGCGACCUGGACGCGGUGUCUGAUGUAGACUCGGCUCUGAGUUGAUCCCGUGCGGUCCCCCCUCCACUCCACACCGCUGGCCUUCUAUCGUUCCUCGACAGCCGGGAAAGAGGCGCUGGUCGCGGGUAUGGAUGCCGUUUGGAUACUGCCUGUGCUGCUGGUGCUCCCGCUCCUGUUAUGGACCAGCAGCACGUUCGUUUUCUAUUUCAAAAAGUGCUUCUAUGUGGCGUACAUGAUGCUGCUGGCCGUCAUCGCCAUCCCGAUUUGCAUUCUGAAAAGCGGCGGCAGGGACAUUGAGAAUAUGAGGGUCAUCCGCUUCAUGGUUCGCCAUGUGAAGUACUUCCUGGGUCUGCGCUUUCAGGUCAGCGGUUGGGAGCAUCUACAGACAGACGGACCUUACGUCAUUAUCUCCAACCACCAAUCAUCACUCGACGUGCUAGGCAUGAUGGAAGUCCUGCCGGACCGUUGCUCGACGAUCGCUAAGAAGGAGCUGUUAUGGGCCGGGACGGUGGGGAUGAUUUGCUGGCUGGGAGGAAUCGUCUUCAUCAACCGCAAAAAGACCAGCGACGCCAAGAACGUCAUGAGUGACGCCGCUAAAACCAUGUUGGCUGACAAGAUCCGAUUGUGGGUGUUUCCAGAAGGCACACGGAAUCAGAACGGCGGGCUUUUGCCCUUUAAAAAGGGAGCGUUUCAUCUGGCCAUUCAAGCACAGGUUCCCAUCGUACCCAUCGUCUUCUCUUCCUACAGUAACUUCUACCUACGAAAAGAGAAAGAGUUCAAAUCAGGAACCAUCACUUUGAAGAUCCUCCCAAAGAUCGAGACAAAGGGACUGACGGCAGACGACGUGACGUUGCUGUCCGAGCAAUCAUUCGGCAUCAUGCGUUCGGCCUUCCUGGAGAUCUCCGGCCAAAGCGUGCAGAGCAACGGGCCGUCCACCCACUGAUCGCCCCGCUGCUGUCGCGCCCUUUCAUUCGCUCCGACAACAAGGAUGGCUUGAGUCUACGUCGUCGUCGUCGUGGUGGUGACGGUAACCAUGACAACCAGGCGCUUUAGUAUCCUCUCCGACGUCCUCAUGAAGCAGGAACACAUGUCCAUACAGACAGACAGACACACAUACAUUCACCUUGACUACAGUACAUACAGCAGAUGUUACCUUAGCCUAGUUUCGAUCUCCCGUUGGACUCCAGGUGGCGCUAAGCGACGCCGUUUUCCGGCGUGGCGCUGCCUCGGACUGCUUUCGUCGGCGACCGGUUGAGUUUUGGAGCGACGCCCCGAGAACAUCGUGGAUGUGCGUUCGACAUGCAUGCCUUUUCUAUGUUUCUCUUCCUUUCACUGAUCUACAAAGACUCAAGUUCUGUUCGUUUGUGUAGGUCGCUUUUUCUCGAGGUUCUCUGCUUGCGUUGUGGGAAAUCGGUGACAGACGUCUGUGUUCGUUUUACUUCGUAUGCAGGAGUAUUUUUCACCUUUACUGAUUUAUCAACCAAAAAGAUUAAUUUGGAAAUGUCCUGUAUACUCCAGAGGAAAGCUUUUUGUGUCGUCACAACCAAGAAUUCGGAAAACCGCUUUAUUUCUGUUUCCCUUUUUUGUCGUUAAAAAAUUAGUUCGUAACAAACAUCUCCAUUGUCACCGUUCAAGUGCGGCUUCUUCCUGUGCCAUGUGUCCAAAGUGUCUCAGCCGUUGGCUGCAUAUAAGGGUAAAAUAUUGUGGAAAAACACUAUUGAUUAUUGAUCUGUGAUCAGGAUUGUUUGAUUAGCGUUUAGAAUAGAUAUACGUUCAAGUUGGAUUUAGUUCAGUGUUUUGCUCAAGUUUUGGUUUGUUUUCAGGCUACAAAUGGACAUUUUCAUUUAUAGAUGUGUUUUAACACUUUGGUUUACACUAAAAACCAUUUAUGAGGGAUUUAUUAUUGUAAUAACUAAUUGAAAAAGUAUUAUCUAACACAUUAUAUAGACUGUGGCUAACUAAAAUGUAUUUAAGAGCCAUUAUUAUUCAGAUUUUGAAGGAUAAAUUUAAAAAUCAAUUUAUUUUUGUGAUCAGUAAGAUUUUUUAAUGUCUCACGCUCAUCAAGGCUGUAUUUAUUUGAUCUGAAGUACAGAAAAAAACAGCAAUAUUAUUGCAAUUUCUAAUAUUGGUUUGUCAUAAAAAUAAUUUAUUCCUGUGAUAUAAAACUGAAUUUUCAGCAUCAUUACUGUGGUCUUCAGUGUCGUAUGAUCCUUCAGAAAUCAUUCUAAUAUGCUAAAUAAUGAAUAAACACUUUGUUUUAACUUUUUAUAUAUUGAAAAAUCUGGAAAAAAAAUCCCAAAAAAUAUUAAGCAGCACAACUGUUUCCAACAUUGAUAAUAAAUAAGCAUAUUAGAAUAAUUUCUGAAGGAUCAUGUGACACUGACGACUGGAGUAAUGAUGCUGAAAAUCAGCUUUGGAUCACUGAAAUAAAUUACAUUUUAAAAUAUAUUAAACUAGAAAACUGUUGUUUUAAAUUGCAAUAAUAUUUCAGAAAAUUACAUUUUUUUUCUGUAUUUUUGAUCAAAUAGAUAAAGCCUUGAUGAGCUUAAGAAACAUCUUUUAAAAAAUGUGUAAAAAUCGUACUGAUCCCAAACAUUUGAACGGCAGUGUGUUUGUUUGCAAACGUUUGCAUUAAACCUGCUGUAAAAUGGUUCCAAGAAAUUAUUACAAUGUAAAAUGCUGAGGUUUGUGAUAUUUUUAGAAGUUCGCAGAUCUUUGAGCUUAUUUCUGCUCAUAGAUCAGGUAUUAAACUUUAUUCUCAACCUUACGGAAGUCCAUAUAAAAAUAUAUAUAUUUGAGUAUUUGAAAAUUCAAAAUUUAAUCUAAAAAUGACCAAUUAUUUAACACCUAUUUAUUAAACCAGACUGUAUCGACAGCUUACGGCAGUAAAUAAGAAUAUGAAUAUUUCAUAUUGCUUUCUAAUGGCAUUGUUGAAUCUUAUAUUUAAUGCUUGAUGUUGCAGUUCUUAUCGUUUGUUAAGAAUGUAUAACAUCUGAACCUUUAAUUUAAAAUGUACGAUAUUAUUUAAGAGGACUGAAUUGUACGUAUCACACUAUAAUGGCUCAUUGAGCCGAAUGACAUUUUGCUUUGAUUUUUUGCGUAAUGUCCAAAUUAGGCCCUUUAUUAUUAGUACACGUUUAAAUAUUGUUGCAAUUAUCAAACCCUUUUAUGUUGUAUAUUAGGUCACAGAUUUUAUUAGCCAUUUGUUUCGAUGUAAUUUUUGCCCUACUGACUGAAAACCAUGCUGCGUUCACAAAACAAUGUGUGAAACAGUGUGUACAAGGUGUUGUGUGAUUUUCACCAAAGCUAUUAAGGAUGUACAACAGGUGACGCUUGUAAACGUUCUGAUUUUAAGAUCCGUUAAACGAACCUGUCAGACAUUUCACGGGCAGCCUUGUGUACGUACGUGUGUGUGUGUGUGUGUGUGUGAGAGAGAGCGAGAGAGAGUGUGUGUGUGUUUGUGUGUGUGUCCAUUGUGUGCUGAAUGUGUUUGUAUGGUGACCCGACACACAAAUGAGCUAAAGCCCAUUGUAAAAUCUGUAAAGUCAUAUAAGACGAUGAUUAUAUAUAAAAAUGUUGAUUGUGGUAGAAUCUGGAUGCGACCUGUGUUAAGAACAUCUAGGGCAAAGAGUCAAUAAAAUCGUCUGUUUUUCCAA